CAUGUCACUUGUGUUUUGACUUUUGUUUGACAUCACAUAUCAAAAAAAGCCAACAUUUCCGAUUUAUCAACAUCCUUUUUCUUUCUUCAUCUUCAUCGAAAUUAAAUAUGAAGAUGGCCGACGGAGCAACAGUUUUGCGAAGAAAUCGUCCUGGAACUAAAGCCAAGGACUUUUGCCGAUGGCCCGAUGAACCUUUUGAAGAAAUGGACAGUACUUUGGCGGUACAGCAGUACAUUCAACAGCUGAUUCGUAAAGAUCCCACCAACAUUGAUCUUAUUUUAAGAAUUCCUGAAAAUCAUGACGAAGGAGUUUGGAAAUAUGAACAUCUCAGACAAUUUUGCAUGGAACUCAAUGGACUAGCGGUCAGACUGCAGGGUGAGUGUCACCCGGAAACAUGCAACCAGAUGACUGCAACUGAACAAUGGAUUUUCCUAUGCGCUGCCCAUAAGACCCCUAAGGAAUGUCCCGCAAUCGAUUAUACCAGGCACACUCUAGACGGAGCAGCCUGUCUGCUUAAUAGCAAUAAAUAUUUCCCUAGCAGAGUUAGCAUUAAAGAGUCAUCGGUGGCCAAACUGGGGUCCGUUUGUCGACGCGUGUAUCGCAUCUUUUCGCACGCUUACUUCCACCACCGACUGAUUUUCGACGAGUUCGAAAACGAGACUUGCCUGUGCAAGAGAUUCACGCAAUUCGUGACCAAAUACAAUUUGAUGUCCAAGGACAAUCUGAUCGUGCCCAUUUUGGAGGAGGAAACGACCCCUGGGGAAUCCGAGGCAUAAUACACCAUGACCUCCUUGUAAUGUCGGGUUCGAAUAAGAUUUACGACUGGAAAGAAGGUGACAUAAGGUUGUAUGCGGGAAAAGAUGAUGACAAUGAUCAGUUUUCUUUUUUUUGGUUUUAUAGAGUUAUUCUUGUAAAUUUUCCAUGUAAUGGAAAUUAGUUUAUUUUAGUGAGUGAAUAAGUGUUGAAGUUGUGCUUCUUAUUAGGAGUGAUACCAUUAUAUCAUUGCUUUUAAUUGAUUCUUAGCUGUAUAAAAGAUCUGAGUUAAGUAGAUUCAUGAUGCAAAUGAUUAAUUACGUUUGGUUAAAUUAUAUAAUUGAAAAAACUAGUUUAGGCUAGUUGCAAAUUGAUGUAUGUAUAGUGUAAGAAUAUUUAAAUUGUAAUAUAAUAAAUAAUAUACAAUUCA